UGCAUGUCAUUAAAACGCCAUUUUGUAUUUCAUAUCCGUCAUAUUUUAAUUGAGGGAAGGAUUUUAUCUUAAACUUUAAAAGAAUAAUGCCAGAUACUGGAAAAAAAUUGAGUGAACUGCGUGUUUAUGAUUUGAAAGAAGAGCUUGAAAAAAGAAAGUUAGAAACUUCUGGCGCUAAGGCAACUUUAGUGGAGCGGCUUGAACAGGCGAUCAAAAGUGAGGGCUUAGAUCCUGCAAAAUACCUUUUUAUGCCUAAUACCAAAGCCACCCCUAAGAAAGCAAUGGACGCAAAAAAAGUUGGUGGAAAGCUCAUUGAAGAAAUUAAAAUCAAAGAAGAACCUAUUGACGAAGAUGAUCUACCUAUUAAAACAGAAGAUGGCGGAGAGGAAGAAUACUAUGACGAAAAUGACCAAUUCGAGGGCGAUGACGACGAUCAAGUCGACCAAGUAGGCGAUGUGGAUGAUGAAUGUGUAAUUAUCGAGGAUGAAGUAGGUGAUGGUAAUAAUGAUGGCGCAGAUGAAGAAGGGGAUUAUCAUGAUGGGCCUGAAGGUGAAGAGGAAAACGCGGGCGAGUCUAAUGAAGAAUCAAUAAAUUUAACUAUUGGGGAAGAAGAGCAAAAGCUCCUACACGACGAGGUGAGUAAAAUUAAACUAAAAAAUUAUAUUAAUUAUGAAAUGUCGAAAGGCGCUAAAUAUCAGAUGAGGUUUUUGCUUUAUAAAUGUGUUUUGCAGAAAAAUACUUGGGAUGUCUUACCCCGAGUUAACAUUUUCUGUGUCGGAAUGGUUCCCCAUGGGGUUGUGAAGGGUCGAGGGGUCAGGUAUUACUUUUUACAAAGUUUUCCAUACCCAACUCUUGAUUCCUGAUUUUAAUGACGCCCUACCAAAGUGGAAUUUUUAACAUCUUCAAAAGCUUGUAUUUCGAAAACUAUUGACCCGAUUUUAAAAAUGAGAACACGGUAUAGAUAAUUGAAAUACUGA